AUGAUGGCAUUAGUGUGUCUGGUUAAUUUGGUGACUGUCUGUGUGUUAUUUGUGAAUAUUAUUAAGGAAACACAAGGAUACGAUGGCUUACAUCAAUACUAUGAACUCAGCACUAAGAAAACACGCUGCUUGAAUCCUCCCCGAACGGCAAGAAAAGUUGAGACAUACAUAAAGGAGUGCCAGGAUGAAGUUAGAAAUAAAUUGGUGCAAGAGGCAUAUUCCAUACUUAAACAUGAGGUCUAUAAUGUACAGCCACCCGUUGAUCCUCAUGAUGACAAGGUGGAAUUAAUAGACACCAUUCACGCUAUAUCAACUUUAGAUCAUGGUGACAAUCAUAAUCAUUAUGAGUAUAUAACACUGGAAGAGGGAGAGGAUGUGGAUACACCGCGCAAGCGUAUGGCCCGUCUGGUCAAACGUAUCGCUCGUGUCGAUGAUAUUUCCAAUGGUAUAUAUCAUCCAACUUUAGUGCCUUUUGAGGAUAAAAGGAUUGCGGGCUGUCUGUUGCAUUGUGUCUAUGCCAAAAAUAAUGCCAUUGAUAAAAAAGGUUGGCCUACCUUGGAUGGUUUGGUAGAUUUCUAUUCGGGUGGUGUCAAUGAGCAUGGCUUCUUUAUGGCCACUCUGAGAUCGGUGAAUUUGUGCCUGAGGGCGGUGACCAAUAAAUAUCAUGUGGAUCGUCAUAAAUUUCCCGAAAAAGGCGAAAGCUGUGAUUUGGCCUUUGAUGUGUUCGAUUGUAUAUCGGAUCUAAUAACAGGCUAUUGUAUGGAUCAAUAUAAGACAUGGCCGUGA